AACCACAUAUAUUAACAGCUAGUUUUCCGGACUGGACCAUUGAAGCCACCCACCUCUUCUUGCAAUCUUUCCAAGACAGGAUGCACCUUUCCGCAUAUCUUUCGUCGGCGGCAGUGCUUGCGCUGUUCGCACCCUCGGUAGUGGCAGUGCCAACCUUGGAAAAGGUUCAGGAUGCUGCCGUCACGCUCGAUUUGACCGCAGGGACUGUGGUCCCUGUCCCGGGCGGCUCACAGCUGGGUAUACCGGUCUCCGAAGUCGUCGUCAAAAGUGACAACAUGUUCAACGCCACUUGCAGUGGCUAUUCUUGGACGACCACCUAUGAUGCCGGCACCGACGCGGAGUACACAGACGUCGUAGUGCGUUUGACGUGUGAGACCGCCGAUGAGGUUCCCUUUACUGUGUUUGAACACGGAACUGGUAAAAAGAGCGAGACAACGCUGCGUCAUAUUCAAUACGACAUUGGCGCUCCAUAUGAGCACUUGAGAUCACAGUUCUUCCUGGCCGAGGUCAUAACGCCGGUGCCUGAACUCACUCUCGUGGUGUACAGGGUCGUUCAGUGAGAGAAGUGGUGGGGGAGAACGGGCGGCAUAACUAGUCAGGAGUCGGGGACUCGGGGCAGGGGUAGGUCGGUGAGGUCGGUGACAACCAGCAAAUACCGGCUGCCGUGUGUCCUGUUUGUUGCCGCAGAAUAUCUGCCAAUGUUGCAGUAAUGCGACGAUGUCGUCAAUAUUCUCAACUGAUUAAAUUAAAUUAUAUGCAGAGGAAGAUGUUUACUGUCAUGGAGGGGAUGGCCGGAGGUAUCUCUGGUCUGUCUGUACAUGUACCGUCUACCGAUUUUGCUAGU